AAAGCGAACCAAAGUCACAUUCUGACAGGCAGAGAGAGAGAGAGGCAACUUUGCCGCACCCUUUCUCUACCGCGCACAGGUAGCUGCUGCCAAACGACCAAAGUUACUCGAAACUCAAAUUUGGAUUGUAACUUUUGGCCAAAUUUGUGGAUUAAACAAAGACUAAUCUCGUGUCUGGAAGCGGAUAUGAAGGGAUAGGCGCUAAGGCAAGACUAAGACCAAAGAGAAGGGACAACGUCUCAGCCCACACACGAUUGGAGGAGAUAGACAUCAAUCAAACUGGACGCCGUCCAUUCCCCCCCACCCCUCAUGGCGAGUCCACCCCCAACCCACCAAUAGGGCGAGUCCCAUCCACUCGAACCUCGCCACCACUCAUCCGUCCGGGCAAUCUGAUUGGGUCCCACUCACUCCACAACUCCCGCCCACUCUACGCUCCACCCCCUCUGAUUGGUCAAGAUGGACACGUGCUACUACAACCGCUCGGUGGAGUUCUUCUACGACCGAAGCGACAAGAACAUCAGCGACCACUGGCGUCCUCGGGACUACCUGGUGGUGAGCCUGGGCAUGGCCGUGUCUGUCAUCGUCAUCCUGGCCAACAUCCUGGUCAUGGUGGCCAUCUUCAUCAACCGACGAUUCCACUUCCCCAUCUACUAUCUGCUAGGCAACCUGGCGGCAGCAGACCUGUUCUCAGGUAUUGCCUACCUGCACCUGAUGUUCCACACUGGGCCCUGGACCAUCAAGCUGACCCUGAACCAGUGGUUUGUACGCCAGACCCUGAUCGACACCAGUCUGACAGCAUCGGUAUUAAACCUACUGGCCAUCGCCUUGGAGCGCCACCAGACCAUCUUCACCAUGCAGCUCCACAGUAAGAUGACCAACCGCCGCGUGGUGCUGCUUAUCGCCUUUAUCUGGGGACUAGCCAUCUUCAUGGGCCUGGUUCCCACCAUGGGCUGGCACUGCCUGUGUAACCUGGCCAACUGUUCCACCAUGGCCCCCAUGUACAGCCGCUCCUACCUGGUGUUCUGGGCUGUUCUCAACCUGUUCACCUUCUCUCUCAUGGUGGCCGCCUACACCAGGAUCUUUGUGUACGUCAGACACAAGAGCCAGAGGAUGUCUCAGCACACCAGCCAGAUACGACACAAGGAGACUGUGUUCAACCUGAUGAAGACUGUGUCUAUGAUACUGGGUUGUUUUGUGAUCUGCUGGACCCCAGGCCUGGUGUUGUUGAUGUUGGAUGGUCUGGGCUGUGUUUCGUGCCAGGUGCUGCGUUAUGAGAAGUACUGUCUGGUCCUGGCUGAGUGCAACUCCCUGGUCAACCCCAUCAUCUACAGCUUCAGAGACACGGACAUGUUACAGACCUUCAAGAGGAUCCUCUGCUGCCUGUGUCGCCGCGACGUCGCCGGCAACAACCACACGCUGUCCGGCAUGCGCUGCAACACCCUGGAGCAAGAGCCGUCUGAGAAUCGUGAUGCGGAGCUGGAGGAGAAGACUAAGGGAGCUCCUCUCAUUCUGAAGGGAACGGAGGACAUGAUGACGUCCACAGAGAGCUGACAAACGCACUUUGUGAUUUCUUUUUGGGGAAUUUCUGAAUCAUGCUAAAAUGUUUUUGUUGUAUAGAUGUGAUUUUUAGUUGUAUUCAUGUAAAAUGUUGUGUUUGUAUGACUGACGAUACUGCAUCGUGCAGAAACAUGACCAAUAACUAUAGUUACCGCACUGACAUUUCUGUUUGAAACAACUUUGACAUUGUCCUA